UUAUAAGUUUGACACCGGAUAAUAGCUAAAAUCUACACGUCGUUGGUGUGAGAAGCUGUAGUGCUACUCCUAGCGAGCGCUGAUGUGGACCGGUGCUCCAGCUUCAUCAGGCUUCGGCGUCGACUGGAGGAGCGACGACCUGGCACCAAGCCCUUUCCCUUCCUCCUGGUUCCCACGGACGGACGGGACCGACAGGAGGCAUCUCCUCGCUCGCUCCGCGGAUCUGCUACCCUCCUCCGCCGCCCUCCCCAUGGAGGAAGCCAAGGCUGCACAAGAUAGGGAGCACAAGUUCUUAUCGAUAGCGGUAGAAGAGGCCUACCGAGCAGUCGACUGUGGCCAUGGACGCCCAUUUGGCGCAGUCGUAGUCCGUAACGACGAAGUAGUGGUCAGUUGCCAUAACAUGGUUGUGAUGAACACCGAUGCAACCGCCCAUGCCGAAGUAACUGCAAUAAGAGAGGCUUGCAAGAAGCUCGGGAAGAUCGACCUGUCGGAUUGCGAAAUGUAUGCAUCCUGCGAACCAUGUCCGAUGUGUUUCGGCGCCGUUCGUCUAUCCCGGAUCAAGAGGCUGGUGUAUGGAGCCACGGCAGAAGCUGCUAUUGCCAUGGGAAGCUGCUACCAGAAUGCCAACCUGGAGAUAAAGCGAGCGGAUGGGGAUGGAGCCCUGCUUGCUGAACAACUCUUUGACAACACCAAGGGGAAAUUUCAAAUGUACUAAUGUGUAGAUAAAGACGUCAUUGAUGUGAUUUCGCAUCACGGAAGCCCUUGCUGCACGGAAAAAAUAAUGCAAUUGUCAAAAAAAUCUGUCAUUGGUGAUGAACUACAAACUGUCAAAUACAGUAGCAUAUAUAACAUGUGGUUCUGAUUUGGCCUUA